CUCUCUCUUAGUACGAAAUCUUCAACAUAAGGAGGUGAAAAAUUAUUUGUUGGAAAAUUUGGUUUGCGAGGGAGAAAGAAAGGGAAUUCUAUAUUUUUAGGAGACCGUAACGGCAAAAUUCAGCCUCCUCCUUAUUUAUCCAUUUUGUUUGCUCUAAGAUGACCAUAUAAAAGCAGAGCAACAUGAAUUUCAACCGAAUGCCUCUGCACCCCCAGUUUCCCUCGCCCUCACACCUGCCCCCCAAUGCAGGCCCCCCACCCAUGCCACCUAACCCUGGACACAUACCCCAAGGCAUGCCCCCACCCCCACACUUACCGCAGCACAUGGGGCAUGGAGGGGGGCACAGUGGACCAGACCUUGGGAGAAAUGAUGGCAUGAUGAUGCAAGGACAUUAUACCAACCAGGAUGUAUAUACCAGUGGAGGGGAUCUUAACCAGGAUUUUAUGGAGAUGAAUAACAUUCUGGUGGACGGGGGGGAUAGGUUUGGUGUGUCCACGCUCUGCUACGAUACUCAGGAAUUACUCUGGAUGGGCAACCAGGGGGGUCAUGUGACAUCAUACUUCGGAUUAGAAUUACAGAAGUACACAUCCUUUCAAAUUCACGUGAAUGAAGACGUUCGACAGAUUGUCCCGCUGGCGCGAGGAGUUCUCUCCCUUACUCAGAGUUGCCUUGCCUGUAACAACAGGAGAGGGGUUCCCAUAUUCACUUACAGAGGGCCGACAAUGCACAACAUGCAGUGUAUGAUGAUGACGGGACCCUCCACGGUAAUCAUCGGAGGUCACCAGACAAAGGUCAUAGAGAUAGAGGUCGAACACAAGGAGGUCAUUAGAGAGGUGGAUAUUCCUGAGCCAGGCUGUGCUAUAUUAAGAGGCACCAACAAGUACAUCUGUGCAGGGGACACUGCAGGAAAGGUGACCCUAUUUGACCACGGGACCAUGAAACCGGAGCACGUUCUGGAUGCCCAUACUGGUACCCUGUCCGACUUUGAUAUACAAGGCAAUCUCCUGGUCACCUGUGGGUUUUCAACAAGACACAGUAACUUGACGGCCGACCGAUUCCUGAUGGUGUAUGAUCUGAGAGUCAUGAGAGCCAUGGCCCCUAUACAAGUCAUCAUAGACCCCAUGUUUCUACGAUUCGUGUCCACGUACAAUAAUAAAAUGGUCAUCACAUCUCAGGCAGGCCAGUUUCAGAUCAUAGAGACGACCGCCAUGACUCCGUCCUCAAUGAAUGUCUACCCCAUCAACACCCACGGUAGUCCCCUGCUCAGCUUCGACAUCUCUAACAGCUGUCAGGCGCUGGCUUUUGGAGACUCGGGAGGCUAUCUGCAUUUGUUUGCCCUUGGUGAGCACCCUUGCUACAACCAGUACCCAGAGCAGACAGAAUUCCCUGAUCCGAUUGAGCCCAUACAACCCAUUCACAUCACAGAUGAAUACACCCCAUACUCCAUUAUCCCCAUGAUGUACCCCACUAAUGGAACCCUGCUCUCUGAUUGGCCAGAAUACCUGUCUCAGAGAACAUACAGAAAACCCAAGCCCCUGGAUGCAGACAUCUUGCGGUCCAUGAAAAUGCAGCACAAUGUGGGAUACGCCCAAAACCCGGGAAAAGAGAAACGGAACCAGAUACCAUACGUACAGGUUAAUGAGAAGUCCAAGAAAGGCAAGGGGGCAGUACCUGAAUCCCCGAUCGGUAGAAUGGAUGACCCAUUUAUUAAAGUACCAAAGCGAUUCAGAAAAGUGGAUCUAAAGUACUCCAAGCUGGGACUAGAGGACUUUGACUUUAGACACUACAAUAAGACACAUUUCGCGGGUCUGGAGACCGACAUACCUAACGCCUAUUGUAACUGCAUGCUUCAGGUGCUGUACUUUAUUGAGCCUCUUCGCUGUUCUCUCCUGAGCCAUUUGUGUGAGCGGGAAUUCUGUUUGGCCUGUGAGCUUGGAUUCCUGUUUCACAUGUUGGACAACCAGAAAGGACAAACAUGUCAGGCCAGUAACUUCCUGCGAGCCUUCCGGACUAUCCCUGAGGCCUCAGCCUUGAGCCUCGUGUUAGCGGAGAACGAGGAGAAUGACCCGAGAAUCAAUCUGUCUCGCCUGAUACAGAGCUGGCAGAGAUUCCUAUAUCAACAAGUUCACGCAGAACUCUGUAACAAAAGUCAGCCAGUGAAAGAAUCAAAGUCUGAAGAGAAUCUGAACAAGUCUUCAGAGAGUUUAACUAAAUCAGAUGAAAACCUGUCUGAGCAGCUAUCAGAGGUCAGCCUUAAGACAGAGGAAGUGUCAGAGGUCAGUCUAAAAACAGAGGAAGAGGCCUCAAAGCCUGAGGAAAAAUCUGUGGAAACCACACCCCCCAAGUCCAAGAAGAAAAAGAAGAAGAAGGGGAAAAAGAAGGGGAAAGAACAGUUGGAGGAGGAAAAAGCCGAGAAAGAGACUGAGGGGGACAAGGGGUCAGAGACAGCUGAGGACGAGGGUAAAGAGGGGGACAAGUCAGAGGAAGGGUCAACAGACAAUCCCUCCACUGAAAAAACUGAGGAAAAGUCAUCGAUAUCUGAAAUCUUGGGAUUCAAGAUUGUGACGACCCUGAGGUGCCGCUGUGGACAGGAGACCCAAAGACAGUCUGAUACCAACAUCAUAAACCUGAGCUACCCUGACUGUAACCCUCCAGGCAGCAAUAGGCCCCCUUUUGAGGUGCCUUUCUGUGACGUCCUUAAGAGUACGCUGACAGCAGAACAAAACAUGCAGACCUGGUGUAAUGUGUGCGACCGGUAUCAACCCCAUACUCAGAUUAAAACCAUACAGAGUGUACCUGAUGUGGUGGCGGUCAACUGCCACAUAGAGAAUGCUCGAGACUAUGAGUUUUGGAAAAUGCAGCACAUGAUUUUAAAACAACGUAAGGAGGAGUACAAUGAGUCUUCGUCACAGACAAGCUUUAUGAAUGCCCCUGGAGGGAACCCUGUCAUGUGUCGCUAUGGUAACGCCUGUCGAAGAGGGGGGUGUAAAUUCAGGCACGAGAGAGACAUGCUUGACCCCGCAGCACACAACUAUGAUGAGGACAUCGACUGUCAAUGGAUUCCCCUAGGCUUAAUGAUGGACCUACAUCCAGACGGAACUCUCAAUGUAGAGGAGUACCCAGAUGAUCAACCAGUCCCUCGAGACGCUGCCCCGACAAGAAAGUAUUACGAGAUUUUGGCCGUGAUUUAUCACAUCCGAGACGAGAAGACCGCUGGGAACUUGGUGACCUGUAUUAAUGUCGGGGAAACGUACCACCAAAGGAAGGAGAAAGUCACUUGUACCCAGUGGUACUUGUUCAAUGAUUUCUCCAUCUUGCCAAUAGAAAAGCAUGAGGCCUGUGCUGUGAACAUGGACUGGAAAGUUCCGUGUACGAUUUACUUCAAGAGAAGACAGCUCACCAAAUUCCAUGAUCUCACUGUGACAAAUCCUAUCACCAUCGAUGUUCUGAGAGAAGAAUUUGGAUUGGUCAAUCCAGCUAGCAGGAAGGUGACCUUUGACCCCCUCUCAGAAGAUGAAUUUCCACAGGAGGGAGAUGUGGUUGCGCUGGAUGCUGAAUUUGUCUCACUUAAUCAGGAAGAGUCCGAGCUGAGGAGUGAUGGAACCCGCUCCAUGAUUAAACCGUCUCAUCUUACGUGCGCGAGGAUGACGUGUCUAAGGGGAAAAGGUGAGAAGAAGGGAAUACCAUUUAUUGAUGACUACAUAUCAACCCAAGAACAGGUAGUGGAUUAUUUGACCCAGUGGUCAGGUAUAAGUCCAGGUGACCUGAACCCAGAACUGUCCACUAAGCACCUGACCACACUGAAGUCCACGUAUGUCAAGCUCCGAUACCUAGUAGACACGAAGGUUGUGUUUGUUGGACACGGGCUGAAGAAGGACUUCAGAGUCAUCAAUAUUACUGUUCCUAAGGACCAGAUUGUAGACACUGUACAGCUGUUUUAUAUUCCACGACAGAGAAUGAUCUCACUGAAAUAUUUGGCCUGGUAUUUUCUCAAAACAAAAAUUCAGUCGUCUACCCACGACUCUGUAGAAGACGCCAACACGGCUCUACAGCUGUAUGACAAAUAUCAGGAAGUGGCCAGCGAGGGCAGCGACAAAAUCAGGGCAGUCAUCAAGGAAAUGUACGACGUCGGCCGGAAGGACCAGUGGAAGAUCCCCGACGUGGACGACACAGAAAACCCUCUGGACAUGCUCCAGUUCCCAGGGAACAACAACCAAUAGGGAAUUUGUUGUCAUGCUUGAGUGCACAUGACACAGAAACCUCCAUAACAUGCUCUCCAAUUCUAAGAAAACAACACAUUGGUAGAUAAGAAAGCAUCAUGGAGGUCACACAAAUUUUAUUUUGUUUUGUAGUUCAAAUGGAGUAUAUAUUAAUAAUCUUGCAUAUGAAUGUGUCUCAGCUGGAGUAUUUUUCGCAUCUAGUAUGAUUUUACUCAGAUAACCUGACUAAAAAAAAGUAUUCUAACUCUUUUAAAGGUUUCAAAAUUUGGUUUUUGUUGUGUGUCAAAUUUUGAAAUAGGUUGUUAGCAAAAUACAUAAUUUUAGCCUAAUUAGUUUUGAUAUACAUAUAAAAUUAUACCUGUAUAUAAUUUGAAUUGUAUUCUGUGUCAAGAUCUGUAAAUCAAAUAAAGAUUUAUACAAAUCUG